UGUUGUAGUUGAUGGACCCGGGUUCGAUUUUUAAGCAUUCCAAACUGGUAGAUUUAAGGUCUGAACCGGAGUCUACAAUGUGUUACAAGCAUCCAAACUGGUAGAUUCAAGAUUUGAACCGGAGUCUACAAUGUUGUACACUUGUACCGGAACACCCAGCUUGCUUUUAUCUCUUAACAGUUAUUCUAAAAUCACUUUAUGGUAAAGCAUGAAACAGCAUUCAUACUUUAAUACUUAACCCAUCUGCACUUCUACUUUACCUUCAACAUUUUCACCAUCUUCCUCAAAACAUGGAAACCCAUGAAGAACAUAAACUGUUUGAUCUGGUCAAAUACCUUGCGAACAAGUGGAAGUUUGUGUCGACUAUCCUUACCAUAAAACGGGAAACCUUAAGAGAAGGUCAACAAGAAUCACAGUCGACUUCCGAUGAUCAAUUACCGGAGGAAACACCGUUUUCAGACGAUAUCAUCUUAGAGAUACUCUCAAGACUCCCUGUCAAAACCAUACUCAAAGCCAGAUCCGUCUCUAAACCAUGGCUCUCUCUCAUCUCCGAUCCAUCAUUCAACAAGCUCCAGUUUACUCAAGCCACCACUGCCCGACGUACCGCCCUCUUGAUCUCCGCUUACGACACACGGGCUCGCAAACGCUACUUGCUCUCCGUUGCUCCUGAUGGUGGCCCAGUCACUCAUCUCAUGACACCCAAGGCUCGGACCAUAACCAACAAAGAAACCACGCAAGUCGAGCAUCUAAACGGAGGUAUGUAGAAGCAGCAGAUGGAUGUUACCAGCAGUUGACCAUGUAGGCAACUGACAAGCAAAUGUUGGUUAGGGUAACGGAUUGAAAUAUCUGGAGUCUGUGCUCAACUUGUGGGUUGUUCAAGUCCAUUUCUUAUAUGUUUUUUUCUAAGCCAAGUACUCAUGUAUUGUUAAACCGUAAACAACUAAACUUUAUGUAAAAUUAAUAACAAUAACAAGUCAAA